CGACAACCAUGUCUAAUUCUCCUGUCGACAAAAAGCGACGAUGGUUGGAAAGCGUCGAUGGAAGCGCAAUAUCUACCGAUGCUUCUACCAUAUCCAGACCACCGUUGAAAAAACGAUUUACUGCUAAUGGAAAAAUAUCCAACAGCACUCCUUCACAGUCGAUUUCUUCCAACAACGAGCAAUUCAACCCACAAUCGUCCUCUUCCUCUUCUACUCCAGUUUCUCCACAUUCAAAAGAUGAACAUUUUAUCAUUGGACAUGAUCAACUACCAAAGGAUGCUCUAUUGAAGAGAAUGCGAUCGGCAAAAGAAGAGUUUAGCUCAUUAGAAAACCGAAUUGCAAACAUCGACCUUCGAUGCGAAGAUUUCGAAGUACAACGAAGCGUUAUCCGAAUUCAGUGGAAUAUGCUGCAAAGUGAUAUAUUGGUGUUUUCACGAGCGCUUGUAGAUGGCAACAGUGACCCUAUGCAAGGUAUUCCCAAAGAUGAGCAAGAUACUGGAAGAUUGGAACAGGAACUUCACAGGUCUCAGGCGACAAUACGAGAGGCUGGGCUGCGUAUCUUGAAGUUCAUCCGAGCUUGGGUAAAGCGCACAGAUCAUAUCGGUGUUCAGGAUGAUCAAAAGCAAGAAUUGGUUCAAUGGGUUCGAAACGAGACUGAAGAACUACGUGCAUCUUAUGAGCGAAAUCGAGCGUUGUCAAAAGAAAUGGAAAGUCAAUACCACUCCUUACUCGAGCAAUCAGACGACGUGCUCAACAGUAUUCGGACAAAGGAAAAUCAACUUUGCCAGGCUCAAGAAGCAUUGUAUCAGUGCUCUGAAAAACUAGCUCAAGCUGAAAAACGGUACGAUCGUGCAGAAAGUACAGCUGUUGCAUCGUUAUUGUCGAGUGGACUCGCCGGGCCACAAUCUGCACAGCGCGAUGGUUCGCCAGCAACUCAUGCGCCAUCAGCUACUACACAAGUUCAGGAGCCCGUAAAAAAUGAGACCAAAACACUUGAAAAUGAAGCCUGUAAAACCGAGGUUGCUGAACAACAACUUAUUGUCGACGCACGAGUUAAAGAAAUUGAGGAUUUGCAACGAGAACGUCAAACACUAGUUGAAGACACUGAACGUUUACGGAACGAAUUCGCCAUGUUGACUGAUGAGAAACUAUUGGCAUCAGAAUAUUACAAGGCUUUGCAGCUAUCAUUGGAACACUACAAGUCGCGAGCACAUUAUCUGCACGAGAUACAAUCACAGUUGGACCAUGAAUUGGAGGAGGUCAAGGCGGAAAGAAGGAAACUUGUCGAAGAGAUUAAUUCAGAAAAGCUGUCGCAAAGUAUGGCUAUGGAAACGGAAAUGCGCCGACUGGAAAGCGAUCUGGCGCGAAUCCGAAAGCAACGUGAUGAUUUCCAAGGAAUUGUGGAUACCUACACCAGUAAAAAGGCGCGAGAAAAACAACUCCAUGGUGAGGUUUCAAUGACGAUUGAAAAUGAAGCAAAUCGUAUCACAAAGCUUGAACAGCAAACAUCCUCAUUACGAGCAGCGAUUCGGUCUUGUGAAGAAGGCGGUGAUAAUCCUUUAAACCAUACAGUGAUGGCCUUUGAUAAAAUCUAUUCGAGGAUAAUCAACGCAAAAACAAUCGUAAAACAUCUCGAACUCAAAUACCACACAAACUCAGCUGACGGAAAGGAGAUGACCUCCAGCGAUACAGAAGAAUUACGACAAAAGCUCGCGUUUUGGAUCGACGGUGACAUAGCACAAAUGACCGACGUAUACAGAAGCAUCAAAGAGCUUAUGGAGAAGGUUGACGAACAGUCAUUAAAAUCCAAAAAGCUGCAGUUGAUGAUGGAGUUCCUUUCGAACAGCGAAACACAGCUUAUGACGCAAAUCGAUCGAGCAGGAUCAAUAUUUACGCAAUUGGAAGAGCAAAGUGGGAAACCAGUAUUUGAUUUAUCACGAAGGAACGAACAAAGAGAAAAACUACGAGCUGAGAAAGUUAAAUUCGGACACACUUUUCCAGGAUUGAAAGCAUCAAAGGAUAAACACAUGUUGAACGUUGCUGGUCUGCGGCGAACAAGUGAACAACAAUUGGAACAUAUUCGACAACUAGAAGAUCGUGAACGAACUCUCGAAUUGCAAAUCAACGAGAAAGAGAGCGAAGUUCGCAGCUCUCUACAGUCUCUUGAAGAGCGACGCGUAGAUGUUGAAGAUCUGCAGCAUAAAUGUGGUGAACUUCGGAUAAAACUAGAGCACAGUGAUCAUUUUCUAGGCGAGUUGCAAAAAAUGGUGAAAGACAAGACUCGAACGUUGGAAGAAGAAAGGCAACUACGAAAGAAGGUUGAUGAUGACUACAGCAAGAUGAGCCGUCAAUGGGCUAUGGUAUCUCAGGGUGAGAACCCUGCGGAGGGGAAACUAGCAGAGGAAUGCAAUGACUUCAGGAUGUUGCUCAAGUGUGGUGCCUGUCACGAUCGUGUUCGGAACAAGCUACUAGCGAAGUGCAUGCAUACAUUCUGUGCCCAAUGUAUCGAUAAACGCCUAGAAACUCGUCAGCGACGAUGCCCAACAUGUGGUGACUCGUUUGGUGUGUCGGAUGUACGGAAUUUCUACUUGUAAAUUAUUUUAAGAGAAGUGCUACGCGUACGAGUUUUUUUUCUUACGCGUACGAGUUUUUCUGAGCGGGUUUUCAAAGUGGUUGUGUUGUGAAACCUUGUAUAGCCAAUCCGAUUGCCGUCUUGCAUGUAUGAGUUUUUUGCUAAAGGAACUGAACAGCAUAUGCUAUCCAUCAAUCUUCCGUUUUUUUGGAUGGUCUUGUCAAAAUAAAUAGCUAUUGUCAUACUUCUUGAUGUACAAACUGCUCAUUAAAUGGGCGCAAUGGAUUUAUUUACGCUGUUCUUUUCGAGAUCUUACA